CCUGAAUCCUGAAUAAAGAAUGAAAGAUGCAUUUGUGAGUAAUUUUUGUUUUAUCUCCUCAAUUUUCGAAUAGUUUUUGAUUUGAGACAAAAAGACAAUAAUAAUGCUACUUUUAAAACAUAAAUAAUCAGCUUAGAUAUAUUAAUAAUGGGUCAAGGUUGAUAUUUAUUUUUUAAAGUUAACAAUGAAAAAAAUUGUUUUUCCAUUUGCACUGUAAGCCUGUUCUCUAAAAUAAGAGAUCACCUCAUAUUUUGUUUCACUUUAAUUAAGAAACUUGUUUUUACGUGUUUUUUUUUAAAUAUCUAUAAAUAGUUGAGUUGUGUAAUGCCAGAUGUGGGCUUGUAAAGUCUAUUUACCGAAAACCAAAAUUCAGUACAAAAAAAAAAUAAAAAAUAAAAUAAAAAAAAAAAAAAAAAAAAAUUUUUUUUUUUUUUUUUUUUUUUUUUUUUUUUUUUUUUUUUUUUUUUUUUAAAAAAAAAAAAAAAAAAAAAAAAAAAAAAAAAAAAAAAAAAAAAAAAAAAAAAAAAAAAAAACCCCGAAAAACAAAACAGAACCCCCCACAAAAAAACAAAACAACAACAACCGCAUUAAUGAUUAUCUAAAAUGUAUUCAAAUGUAAUGUAAAUGUCCUUUUUAAUUUUCUUUUGAAAAGCUAAUCACGUUAAGCGUUAACCUCUCGCCAUAACGGUUAAGAUAAAAUUUUAAGUUAUGACAUUUAUUUUAAUGACUGUUUUUUUGCACCUUAUCCUAUUUUGUCUCCUUUUUAGGUAGGAUAUAUGCAUAUAUAUAUAUGUAAAAUUACAUUAUACUUAUUUAUAUGUUUUGUUCUUAUACUGAUGAAGGCAUGUGCCGAAACGUCUAUUUGUGUAUUAUGUAAAAUUAUUAUUAAAGUUUAACAUAUGUCGUUAUAGUGAAACAAAUUGUUCGUGUCUAAUUAAUCUUAUUUAAAGAUUUAUCGCAGUCCAAACCUUGUAUAAUUAGUUUAUUUUAAUUACUGGCAUUUUAAAGAUGUGCAUUUUAAUGGACAUAGAGACUGGCCAUUAAUGAUAGUAAAGUAAAAAUACUAUAAGCACAUGCAUACAUUUAAUUUCAUUUCUAAUUUUAUAAGAAUGUGUCUUUUGUUUUUGUUUUUAAAGACUUUAUAGCUACUCACAUUUCAUCUUGUAGAGCAUAUUUUUUUGUUUACCCAUGUGACAUUUUGAUAUUGAGUGUUUGUCGUGCACUGUUUACCAGUUAAACGGCUGGAAAAGAAUACUGGGUCGACAGACGGGGGUUGACAAUAUAGCUCAAAUUACUGUGACAGAGUCUGCUUCGUUGAGUAAACAGAUGGGUGGGUGAACUAGGAUCUACUUCUUAGUUUAAGCCACUUUAUCCGGGAUUUUGUAAACAUUUGUUGGUUAAAAAAGUAAAUAAUUAUACUUUUGUCGAUAAUUUAAAUUAAAGAUUACAAUUUUAAUACUUUCUUUGCGUAAUGCAUUUUAAGAUAGUGUAAUUUUUCUACCUGUAAGUGCGAUUUAAAUCGUAUUUGAUACAAACUCUUUUUUUUUACAAAUAAUAUGUUUGUAUAUUUUAUUUAUUUGUGUAUUGAAACAAAUUAAAAUUAAAUUAAAUUAAAUUUGAAGUACCCAAAUUCACUAUGAUAUAUUUAUCAGUAUGAUAUAAUAUAAUUAAUUAAAUUAAACUUUUAAAGUAAAAAAAAAAUCAUCAUUGUGUUCUGUAUGAGAUUUUUAAAAAUUGUUUGUGUGUGUUUAACACACUUAUGUACAUGUUGCGGUAUUUGGUGUCAUCAAUAUAUUAGGUAUAAUGUGAGCUCAAAGUUCUUUGCAUUGUUGACAAAGUCCCGUUCAGCAAGCAACUACUUUACCCGUUCGGGACAUUUUUUUUGUUCAACCCAUCAUACAGAUAUGCCACCUACAAAAAUUUGUGUUGUUGGUUCAGGAAAUUGGUAAGUACAUCUACUUAACGAUUGUCAGUAGACUCUUUGUUUCUUAAUAAUAAUAAUUUUGUUAGAACUAACAAGACUAAGAAUUAGACCAACAAGUUGGCAACAAGAAAAAAAAAAGUAUCGGUCGCCAGGCUAUUUUUAAACUAUUCAUUCAAAUUAUACUAUUUAUUAUUUUUGAAUUGAUUUAUACUGUAGACCUAACUUUAAUUAUAAUAGAAAAACUAAUAGAUUAGGCCUAAAAAUAAAUAUUGAUAGAGAUGGCCUUUAUUAUUUAAAUUAUUUUUAUUUUAUUAAAUAGACUAGAACUAGAGCUAGAUAAGUAGAAGUAGAAGAGAAAUGUAUAGUUAAAUAGCCUGUUUUGUAGGGGCGAACAACAGUGUUCGUUCUUGGAUACAUCAAUCAGUGAGAACUCAAUUCUGAGGGGGCUUGCCAGACCUAUUUUUGCUGUCCCCACACUGUAGGACACAUAUGCUUUGAUGUCAUAGUCAUAGACAGAGCAAUUCUGCUUUUCCUUGCUUCACACUUUCUUGGGGUAAGGCAAAGGUGGUGCAUAUAUUCUUUGAGUGAUUGUGCUCAAACAGUGAAUCUGGCUUGCCAGCUUGUAUGAUCCACUCGAGAGUGUACUGCUACUAGUACUAGAUACUACUAGUAAGUACUAGUACUAGUAGUGCUAUCAGUUUCUAAGUAUUAAAUUAAGCUAUUUAAGUAGAUGUCAGUUAAUGUAAGUAGGCUAAUGGCAAUAUUUAACUACACUGGUUAGGACAAGGAGAGAUAAAAUUAGUUGGUCUAAUGCAGAGGUUGGCAAAAUUUUCUGACAAUUAAGCCAUUACAGGGGUCAAGAAGGUACAGAAGGCCUGAAGAGACAUUGUGCCUAAGGAAAUAGAAUUGGCUGCAGAGUGUUGUAUCUGAAAGAUUGUCUGCACUCCCAUUCUUCUUUCUUGGAAUUAUUCAUUCAGUCACAGUACAAACACGUGCUUAACACACGCCUCGACCCUGCUGAGGGUGGUUGCAACAGACCAUGGAGUGAACAUGUUUACAACACAUUUAUCAACCCUCCCUGGUCAGGCACUUUUGUUUCAUAACAGUGCUUGAAAUCAGUUCAAAAAAUAAAGCACAGCUUGAGUUUCAAGCAGCGGUAAUGAAGGGGAAUAAAAUAUCUACAAUUCAUUUAGGCCGGAUGCAAUAAUAAAAAACUAAUUGGGUGUUAAAGUGGACUGGGAUAUUAGAGAGGCCGUAUCUGGCCAAAGGCUGGAGUUUACAGAUCUCUGGUCUAAUAAUUUAUCUUUUAUUGAGCCUAUGCCUAUAUUAAAUAAUACCUUACUUUGUAAGAUCAGCUUACAUAUUACUAUCAUUAUUGUUUGAACACAAAGGUGUCCAAGGCUUGAGUAGCAGACUUGACACCAGGAAUAUCUUUUCAAAGUUUUUUUCAGGGGGGGGGGGGUGGGGGGAGAAACCAUAUCUUGGCCAGCUUGUUUGCUUGUGAGUUGUUUAUUACUGGAGGCACAACAGUGUAUAGCAACUUGAAACUCUACAUAGCCACCCAGAACCCUAGGCUUACCACUAUUAUUAGGGGCCUAACUUGGCUAUUAAUAAUGCCUUGCUACUCGAAAAAGGCCAUUUGUGAUAGUUAUAUUACAGUUCUAAGUUCUGUUUUCUCAAAUGUCCAAAAUGAAUUUUACUUUUUAAAAAUUCCUUAGUCGGCUUUUUUUUUUGAGAAUCAAGUCCAAGGCUAUUUGAUUGAUUUCUUUUCUUCAUUGCUCAAGCAUUUGGAAAAAAAAAUUAUCAUGUUUAAUUUUUUAGUCGGUCUUUUAAUAAUUUGUAAUAAUGCAUUAAUUUUAUAAAUCCUAUUAUUUCAAGGGGCUCAGCUAUUGCAAAGAUUGUGGGCAACAAUGCCUUGGCCUUACCAGCACAGUUUGAUUCAGAAGUGAAGAUGUGGGUUUUUGAAGAAAUUAUAGAGGGAGAAAAAUUGACAGAAAUCAUCAAUACACGCCAUGAAAAUGUCAAAUACUUAAAAGGCAUCAAAUUACCAGAAAAAGUGGUAAGCUAGUAUUUGAAAAAGAAAGUAUUGUAUUUUACAUACAGUUAAUAGCAUUUCUAAAUUUUUGUGCUUCAUUCCAUUAUUCUUUUCUACUUAUGAUAUUUUGGGGGGCCAUUCAUAAAUGCAGUCACAUUAUUCUAUCCAAAUGUUUACCUCCCCUCCCCAUCGUGGCAAAUCAUCAAAGAUGGGUGACUUCAUUUAUGGAUUUAUUCUUUUAUAACAUUCUUUUCUCUUCUGUAAUGUCAUGUUUUUAUUUUAUUAUUAAUUAAAUAUUUAUUACUAUUAUGUUCACAUCCUCUUAUUAUGAACAUUUAACAGUCAGAUGUGUUGGGUAUUUAAUCUUUGAUGGAUUUGCCUCACCUAAUGCAUUUGCAUGCUGAAUUUGGAAAUACUUUAAGUGUCAUCAGUGCUCUGGUCCCAAAAAUAUAGAAAAAGACAUAUAUCUUGACAGUAUCUGCUUGUCAUUAAAAUUUAGAUUCUCAGUAUUGAAAUCUGAUGGCAGUUUCAGUUUUCUUACUUACUGAAUAUAUUGGAUUAUAUUCGUGUAUAAGUUGCACCCUUAGAUGAAAUAAAUAUGUAUUCACAUCAUGUUUAUUAAUACUUUUCAUAUCUUUCAAUGGGCACAGACAUAAAUUAAUACCUGAUCAUUUAUUAUUAUUAUAAUAAGUGGUUUUAUAUUAGCGUGGUACCCCAGCCUAGGGCUGGGCUCAUCAAGCUGUACAUACAAUUUAACAAACAUAAUCAUAGACUUAAAAAAAUUAAUUAACCCACAUUAAUUAAAUAAAACAAAACAAAUGUAUAUUUAAAACUAUUUACAUUUCAAGCCAUGGACGACACCCAGCAGAAUCGUUUUUCGGUCAGAAAGGAAUUAGUCAUGAUAGUAGAGUUUAAAAAGAAGUGUUUUUGAGUUCAGUUUUGAAGGCUGUGAUGGUUGGUAUAUUGCGGAUGUGUAAUGAAAGAGAAUUCCAUUGUUUAAGGGCACAUAAAGAGAAAGAUAGUUCAGCAUAUGUUUUUGUGCGAGUCUUAGGGACAGAAAGAAUAUUCAUGUCUGCGGAGGAGCGAACCUGUCAAAGGGGUGAAUAGACAGAAAGAAGUUCUGUAAGAUAGGAAGGGCAGGAAUUCGAGAAAAAGUUGUGGCAGAGAGUUUGUAGUCAAUCCAUGCUUGUUCAGGGAGCCAAUGAAGUGAAUAAAGUAGUGGUGUUACAUGAUCACAUUUUUUUGCCUUUAGAACUCGCCUAGGAGCUGAGUUUUGAACCUUUUAUAACAUUUACAACACCAUGAAAUUUACAAGCUGUCUCAAGCAUAAAUACUUGCUUUUUAUUAAAAACAAAAGUUUUGAUAAUAUUAUAAAUAUUGAUUUUUCAAACCAAUUUUAUUUUUGUAAAGGAAAACACCUAAGUUUCCUUAACUCUGACAAAUUUUCAGUACACAAUAUUUAUUUGAAAAGGGAACAGACAAGCCUCCUCAAUGAAAUUAUGGAAUUAUUUAAAUUUAUCCCAUUUUUAUACAUGUUUCCAAAGUAGAUUUUAUUAGAAAAAAUACAUUUUUUGUAUGUCAUCCACUUUGAUUUUCCAGCACAUUUUAUUUCUUUAUUAGAAGGAAGCCCAAGAACUAAUCUCAUUGCUCUAUGAAUUAACUCUUAUCAUAACAUUUGCAAGUAUAGUCAAGUAACCCCGCUAUCUUCUUGUACAAUCCCUACCUAAACAUAUGCUAUUAAUUCUUACUAAUCUAGGAUUUAGUUUGUGUUCCAGUUUCUGUACAACCUAUCUACAUUCUGCAGGACUGCUUAAGAGGAGUUUCUGGCUGCCGCCCGCCCCCUCCCCCCCCCCCCUUUCCCCUUUUUUUCCCAUGUUUUUCCUUCUUUUUUUUUCCCUCUUUUUUUGUNCGGUUUUUUAUUUUUUAAAUGCUUUUCAAACUACGUUAAAAUAGUUUAAGUAAAGCUUAAAGAUAUCUUACUCUAAGUGCUGGGGGGUUUCUGGGGACCGGUGGAGGGGAGGGUAACCGGGUUAAAAACUGUAACGGUUAACACCAAAAAAGGGGUGUUGGGGGGGGGGGGGGGAAGAAGAUAACACUUAAACUUUGAUCACUACUACUACAAGAACUGUUAACAUAGUUGUGUCACUAGGGCAGUUACCUUGAUCCUUGACCUAGAAAAAAAAACCAUGUGUACAAAGAAGUUUUGUUUGGAUUAUAAAAAUAUCUUGUGUUGAGAAUUUGGUAGAAUUGAUCUGGAGACAGGACUAUUAGUUAAAUGAGAUCAAGGUAAAGCUAGAGAAAGUCUGACAUGUUCUUUCAUGAUAGAUCAUUGUUUGGCCAUCUUGAUCCUUGUUAGGCCAUCAGUCAGACCUUACUCAUGCUUUUCUUUUCCAUGCUUGAAUUCCCAUCUGCUGUAGAUCUUUUUCCACAUCAUUCAUCCAUCUAAACCUAGGUCUGCCUUUGAGCCGUUCCUCUGGGGUUUUGGUGGUGCACCCUCUUCACUUCUCUUUCGUUUGGCAUUCUUUCUGAGUGUGCCACACAGCGUAGCCUGCCCUUUUUAAUUCUGCUACUAGCGAUCCUGAUAUACAAUCUACAAUUCCUGGUUAUUUCUGCUAGUAGUGUGGAAUUCUGAAUAUACCAUUCCUGGUUGAUUCAUAUUCUCCAUCCAUAUUCAUCCUUUGGUGUUCCAUAAUUUUUCCGGAGAACUUUUCUCUCCCAUGUGUUUAAUUGGUUUUCUGCCAUUUUUGUUAGGGUCCAAGCUUCACUUGCAUAUGUUACAACUGGUCUGAUCACAGUUUUAUAAAUAGUUUUUUUGUUUUUCUUGUAAUGUUUUUACUUUUGAGUAUUUUCUGACUACUGAAGUUUGCCCUGUUUCAGGCUGAUAGUCUUUCUUUUAUUUCUGAUUGUAAUUCAUUUCUUUCAUUUAAUAACAAUCCUAGGUAUUUGAAUUGAUUUACUUAUUCAAAAGUCUGGUUUCUAAUUUUAACGGUUUCAUCCAUCUGUUCUUCUCUUAUCAUAGUCAUGUAUUUUGUUUUUUGGUUGUUAACUUCCUGCCCUGCUUGUAAUGAUGUGUCCACUAAUUCAAUAAAUGCUUUUGACCAAACAUAGUGUUGAAAAUGUGAUGAUCGAUAGAGUUGACAAAUGUGAUGAAUUGUAAAACUUUUCCUCGGUUUCAAUGUCAUUUGUGUUUCUCACAUAAAUUUUCUUCCCAUUGCUUCCUAGGUGACAUUUAUUUAUGACUAGUUCUGUCUUCUUUUGUCUUCUAAAACCUAGCUUUAUAUUUUUAGUGAUCACCUAGGUGACUUAUGAAAAGGAUAACAAUAAAAUAUGGAUUUUAUGAAUAAUAUUUACUUUCUUCCCCAGAUAGCCAUCCCUGAUGUUGUAGAUGCAAGCAGGGAUGCUGACAUUUUAAUCUUUGUCCUACCCCAUCAGUUUGUCAGAGGCGUUUGUGAAAAAUUAAAAGGCAAUAUCAAAUCCACAGCAGUUGCUGUAACAUUGAUCAAGGUAAGUGGAUGGUGUAACAUUGAGCAGGGUAUGUGGUUGGUGUAACAUUGACUAAAAUAAAGAGGGGAUGGAAUACUAUUAAUAAAAAUGUUCAAUAUUUUGAGGACCUAACUUGAAUGAAGUACUCAAAAUCCAACAAAUAUGAAUGGAAAUUGAAAAAAAAGAGAUUUAUAGAAUUUGAAAAAGAGGUUCUAAAAUGUAUGUCUAAAUUGUGUACAGGGCUUUGAGGUUGCAGAAGGUGGUGGCAUCCUUCUCAUAUCAACAGUGAUCAGAACCAUUUUGAACAUCCCCUGUGCCAUCUUGAUGGGUGCCAACAUAGCCAACGAGGUGGCUCUAGAAAAUUACUGUGAGGCAACCAUAGGUAGAGUGAGAUGUAUUGUGAUGUAACCAUUUGCAGACCUGCCAACCCUUCUGAUUUUGUUGGGAUGAUACAGAUUUUUUUACCCCUCAUUCUGACCUUCCGACAAACCCCUUACAAUCCAGAUUUUUCAAAAACAUAAUUUUUCAACCAUCACAAAAAUUUUGAUGAUGCUAAAAGGCUACUUAGAGUUCAGUUUUCCAGCAUAUCCCUAGUGUACAUAAAAAUAAAAUGUGUAAAUAAAAUGGAUAUUCUGUGCUGUAUAUACCUGUAUAUAAACAUUACAGUCAUGUUUUUCUCAUGGUCUGUGGUGUUCUAUGGACUCUUCAUUCAAAGACAAUGGAGGUAACUCAAUAUUUCUUUAUUGACUAAAAAAAAAGUCUUGUGCAUUAGUAUGUAGAACUUAAACCAACCAACCCCCCAUGGCCGCCUGCGCGCAUCCCCUACAUAUAUUUUUUGCAGGUCUGCAUUUAACCCGGUAUUGUAAAGUAAAAUAUCUGUAUAUGAUCAUAACCAUUUUAAACAUCAGCUUGUUACUGGAGUCUGAAUCUAUCUGUGGGUGCGAAGAGGGCUGAUCAGUCUUAUUCUGGCACAAAAUGUUCUGUUGCAUAAGGUGCAGGGGAUGGGUGGGUGUAUGGGUAAGUCUGACUUUUCUGGCUGUCUAUUGUGUUCUGCAGCAGCUGUUCUGUUAGCGUGUUCUGCAGCAGCUGUUCUGUUAGCGUGUUCGCAGCAGCUGUUCUGUUAGCGUGUUCUGCAGCAGUUGUUCUGUUAGCAUCAUUUGGCAUAGAAACAUUGUAUGGAAGAGUGCCACAUGUCUGGAUUCUUUGAUAUAAAAAUGUAAUGGAGUUUUUAUCCUAAUGUAAAGGAGAGUUCUCUUUGCAUUUUAUUCCAAAUAAAUGAAUAGAGUAUUAAGUACAUACAUAGAAAAGACCUCAAGCAUCCUGUUUGUGACAGGGUCUAUAUUUACAACUUGAAACAGUCUUACUUCACAUCAGCUCAACUUCAAUGAAAUAUUUAUUUUUAAAGUAAUAACAAGCUGUUAUGCUUUUGGAUUUUAUCUUAAAAUAUUGUAUUUUGUUCUAUUAGUCAUUUUUCCCGACUUAUUAUAAUUAUUAUGUUAAAUCAACUGCCAAUUUGAAAGCAGGUUUACAGCCUAAAUUGUAAACAAGUGAAAAUGAAAUGUUAUUCAGUUUAAUUCUCUAUUCCAUGUUACUAUUUUGUAUCACAGUGGUGUGGCUUCAGCUGGUAUAUCUGGUAUAUAGAGUUCAAAUAUUACAGAGUUAAUUUAACAUCAAUAAAUGUGAACAUGGUUGAAGCAAGACUUAAAUAACUUUUUGUGUUGUUAUGUUUGAGUUGAAAAAAUUAAUGAAAUGGAAUUUGUUGUUGAGAUAUAGUUAAAAUAACCAUUUAGGUUCUGAUAUAAAUUUCAGGUUGCUCCGAUGCAGCUCUGGGGCAAAAUCUCAAAUCAGUCUUCCAGACCAACUAUUUCCGUAUUGUGGUUGUUGAAGAUGAGACUACUGUAGAAGUUUGUGGAGCUUUAAAAGUGAGAACCUUUUUCCAUUGCACAUUUAUAAAGUUUAGGGCCGAGGAAAGUAAUGAUACUGGUUAAUAAAAAAGUAAUACUUUUAACAGAAAAUUAAUGACACUGGUCGUUAUAAAAGUCUUUGAACAGAAAAGUCAUUACAUGAGGCUGUUUUUAGGUUCAGUAAGAAUUUUACAGCCUUGCUACUGGCCAACUUGAACAUUAUUUAUUUAAUUUUUUCAGGCCCUUGAGUAAUUUUAAGCAUUUAGCCUUACAUGGCAAGAAAUAUCAGCCUUAUAUGGCAAGAAAUAUCAGACUUACAUGGCAAGAAAUAUCAGACUUACAUUGCAAGAAAUAUCAGACUUACAUGGCAAGAAAUAUCAGCCUUACAUGGCAAGAAAUAUCGGCAUUCAAAUGUGGUCUUAUAACUGACCACAAAUGAAAUAAAAUAUUAUCAAUUCUUUAAAUAUAUAGGAAUGGCAAGACUUUUAAAGAGCUACACUUCAUUCUUUAAAAAUGACAUGCUCUUGUUUUCACAUAUAAAACCAGAAUAGUGUCUUUUUAACAUGUAACUUUAUAUAUUCCAGAAUAUUGUCGCAACAGCGGCUGGCUUUACAGAUGGCCUCGGAUUUGGUGACAACACCAAGGCUGCUGUUAUCCGACUUGGAUUGAUGGAGAUGAUAAAAUUUUGUGAAGUUUUUUAUCCAGGUUUGCCAAUAUAAUUAGGUUUGCCAAUAUAAUUAGGUUCUAUGUUGAAUUUCUUGUUUGUUGUCACACGUUGAUAAUAAUUAUAACGGGUUUUAGGCCAUGUCCCCUAUAUCUAUCUUCAUACCAGUCCAGCAAUAGCAUGGACACAAGCACCAUAAAAGUAUCCAAUGAUCAUACCAGUAUAGGAUAAUCAUGACAUUUCUAAAGUGCCCCUAAUUGGAUCUAGUUUGAUAACUUAGUUAGUCCUUAUUUGAAGUGAAAAUUAUUCUGUUGCUUGUUUCUAUAGCUCUGUAGUCUAGUUGAGCUGGUAUGAAGAAUCAAAAAAAUGCCCGGUCUCCUUGAAGCUAUUCCAAUAGAAAUUUGUCAUACGUUAUUUCCUUACAUGUAAGCAUUAGAAGAAUGAGUUUUAAUAUUUGAACCUUUCUAGGUUCCAAGUUGGAGACAUUUUUUGAAAGCUGUGGUAUAGCUGACCUGAUCACAACAUGCUACGGUGGUAGGAACAGACGAGUGGCUGAGGCCUUUGCCAAGACUGGAAAGGUAAACACCAAUCAAAUGUUUGACCCAGUAAAAAUCUGUUCCAUCAGACUUGAAAUGAAGUCUGUGGUUUUCCAAGUCUCAUUUAUAAUUGAGAUGAAGUACAAGUACAUAUAAGUCCAGCAUAGUCAAUUCUACAAACAAUAGCUGAUCUACAGCUUUGUGUACAUACAAACAAUAGCUGAUCUACAGCUAUGUACAUAACUAAUUGGUUCUGUCUUUCUUUGUAAAGUUAAAUCAUCUCAAAAGAUAAACAAUGGUUAUGAUCAGUGUUACCAUGGUUAUGAUAUCAGUGUUACCAUGGUUAUGAUCAGUGUUACCAGGGUUAUGAUAUCAGUGUUACCAUGGCUAUGAUCAGUGUUACCAAUGGUUAUGAUCAGUGUUACCAUGGUUAUGAUCAGUGUUACCAUGGUUAUGAUCAGUGUUACCAAUGGUUAUGAUCAGUGUUACCAUGGUUAUGAUCAGUGUUACCAUGGUUAUGAUCAGUGUUACCAAUGGUUAUGAUCAGUGUUACCAUGGUUAUGAUCAGUGUUACCAUGGUUAUGAUCAGUGUUACCAAUGGUUAUGAUCAGUGUUACCAUGGUUAUGAUCAGUGUUACCAUGGUUAUGAUCAGUGUUACCAUGGUUAUGAUCAGUGUUACCAUGGUUAUGAUCAGUGUUACCAUGGUUAGGAUUAGGGUUAGGGUUGCCAGCAGUUAUAAAAUUUAAAUAACAUUGUCACUAAAUAAGUUAAGUUGAACGGUUUAUGACAACUGCUAUUUGUGCUUGAGAAACAUUGUAGAUGUCUCGUUUAUUUAAAAUAGAUUUAAAAUCUUUCCUUUGUAAGCAUAUUUACCUGUGUGCUGAAAAUGAGAAUGUACAAUGUCAUAAGAUGAGUACCGGCACAGUUAUGUACAAUGUCUUAAGAUGAGUACCGCUACAGUUAUGUACAAUGUCAUGAGAUGAGUACCGCUAGAGUUAUGUACAAUGUCAUGAGAUGAGUACCGCUACAGUUAUGUACAAUGUAAUAACAAAACAUUCCAUUUAUUUGGUCCUAUAAGUAUAAGAGAAAGUUAUUUUAUCUAUAAGUUUGACACACAUUCCCUUACUAUAAGUAACCUACCAUAAUCAUCUAUCAUAAUCACCUAGCCUAGGUCACCUACCAUAAUCAUCUAUCAUAAUCACCUAGCCUAGGUCAACUACCAUAAUCACAUGUUCUAGGUCACCUACCAUAAUCAUCUAUCAUAAUCACCUAGCCUAGGUCAACUACCAUAAUCACAUGUUCUAGGUCAUCUACCAUAAUCAUCUAUCAUAAUCACCUAGCCUAGGUCAACUACCAUAAUCACAUGUUCUAGGUCAUCUACCAUAAUCAUCUAUCAUAAUCACCUAGCCUAGGUCACCUACCAUAAUCACAUGUUCUAGGUCAUCUACCAUAAUCAUCUAUCAUAAUCACCUAGCCUAGGUCACCUACCAUAAUCACAUGUUCUAGGUCACCUACCAUAAUCAUCUAUCAUAAUCACCUAGCCUAGGUCACCUACCAUAAUCACAUGUUCUAGGUCACCUACCAUAAUCACAUGUUCUAGGUCACCUACCAUAAUCACAUGUUCUAGGUCACCUACCAUAAUCAUCUAUCACAAUCACCUAGCCUAGGUCACCUACCAUAAUCACAUGUUCUAGGUCAUCUACCAUAAUCAUCUAUCAUAAUCACCUAGCCUAGGUCACCUACCAUAAUCACAUGUUCUAGGUCACCUACCAUAAUCACAUGUUCUAGGUCACCUACCAUAAUCAUCUAUCAUAAUCACCUAGCCUAGGUCACCUACCAUAAUCACAUGUUCUAGGUCACCUACCAUAAUCAUCUAUCAUAAUCACCUAGCCUAGGUCACCUACCAUAAUCACAUGUUCUAGGUCAUCUACCAUAAUCACAUGUUCUAGGUCAUCUAUCAUAAUCACCUAGCCUAGGUCACCUACCAUAAUCACAUGUUCUAGGUCAUCUACCAUAAUCAUCUACCAUAAUCAUCUAUCAUAAUCACAUGUUCUAGGUCAUCUACCAUAAUCAUCUAUCAUAAUCACAUGUUCUAGGUCAUCUACCAUAAUCAUCUAUCAUAAUCACAUGUUCUAUGUCACCUACCAUAAUCAUCUACCAUAAUCACAUGUUCUAGGUCAACUACCAUAAUCACAUGUUCUAGGUCAUCUACCAUAAUAAUCUACCAUAAUCAUCUAUCAUAAUCACAUGUUCUAGGUCAUCUACCAUAAUCAUCUAUCAUAAUCACAUGUUCUAGGUCAUCUACCAUAAUCAUCUAUCAUAAUCACAUGUUCUAGGUCAUCUACCAUAAUCAUCUAUCAUAAUCGCAUGUUCUAGGUCAUCUACCAUAAUCAUCUAUCAUAAUCACAUGUUCUAGGUCAUCUACCAUAAUCAUCUAUCAUAAUCACAUGUUCUAGGUCAUCUACCAUAAUCAUCUACCAUAAUCACAUGUUCUAGGUCAACUACCAUAAUCACAUGUUCUAGGUCAUCUACCAUAAUCAUCUACCAUAAUCAUCUAUCAUAAUCACAUGUUCUAGGUCAUCUACCAUAAUCAUCUAUCAUAAUCACAUGUUCUAGGUCAUCUACCAUAAUCAUCUACCAUAAUCAUCUAUCAUAAUCACAUGUUCUAGGUCAUCUACCAUAACCACCCGUCCUAGUUAAAAUACCAUAAUUACCUUUCCCUUUUUUACUUCCACAGUCAAUAGAGGAACUGGAAAAAGAAAUGCUUGAUGGACAAAAGCUUCAAGGUCCUCCAACUGCUUACGAAGUCAAUUACAUGCUCAAAUCAAAGAAUAUGGAGGAAAGGUUGGAAAACUCUUUACAUUUUGAGAGAAUGGGCGUGUCAUGAAUGAUCAAACUGUGGGCUCAUAGUUCAAUCAAACUGUGGGUUCAUAGUUCAAUCAAACUGUGGGCUCAUAUUUCAAUCAAACUGUGGGCUCAUAUUUCAAUCAAACUAUGGGCUCAUAGUUCAAUCAAACUGUGGGCUCAUAGUUCAAUCAAACUGUGGGCUCAUAGUUCAAUCAAACUAUGGGCUCAUAGUUCAAUCAAACUGUGGGCUCAUAAUUCAAUCAAACUGUGGGCUCAUAGUUCAAUCAAACUGUGGGCUCAUAUUUCAAUCAAACUGUGGGCUCAUAGUUCAAUCAAACUGUGGGCUCAUAGUUCAAUCAAACUGUGGGCUCAUAUUUCAAUCAAACUGUGGGUUCAUAUUUCAAUCAAACUUGUGGGUUCAUAUUUCAAUCAAACUGUGGGUCAUAUUUCAAUCAAACUUUUGGGUUCAUAUUUCAAUAAAAAUGUGGGUUCAUAUUUCAAUCAAACUUGUGGGCUCAUAUUUCAAUCAAACUUGUGGGCUCAUAUUUCAAUCAAACUUGUGGGCUCAUAUUUCAAUCAAACUUGUGGGCUCAUAUUUCAAUCAAACUUGUGGGCUCAUAUUUCAAUCAAACUUGUGGGUUCAUAUUUCAAUCAAACUUGUGGGUUCAUAUUUCAAUCAAACUUGUGGGUUCAUAUUUCAAUCAAACUUGUGGGUUCAUAUUUCAAUAACUUAUCGACCCAUGAGUUAUCAUUUAUUCAACCAAUCGGUUAAUGCUCAACCCUGUCGGUGGCGUAGUGGGCAUGGGGUGUGGCCAUUCAAAAAUUACCUUCAUAACCAAGCAGAGUGAUUUGGGCCAUUAUUUGACUGAAAGGGUAAACAUGGCUUCAAAAUACUUAUACAAAAAUAUUAUUGUAAUUUUUUUUUUUCUUUAGAUUUCCCCUGUUCACAGCAGUCCAUAAAAUCUGUAAAGGAGAGUUCCCGGUCAAAGACAUGAUGGACUGCUUGCGGAAUCACCCUGAACACAUGUAGUGAACAUAGAUUUGUUUCAUUGAAAUUUUUCUUUGGGAAAUCGUUUAAUGUUGAGAUGAGAGAUGGAGGGAAGUGUUGAUUACAAAUUAUGCUAAUGAUCAUAGAAUCUGAUGAACUGUGUUGCGGAGUGGCCCCAUAAUUCCAAUAUUUGACAAUCUCAGUCCUGAAUGCUUCUAACUAAUCCUGACCUAAUGGUCCUCGUGUGGCACAUCAGCGUGUUUAAUAUGUCGUGUGUCCUACCCACUAACCAGCCUUGUGUAACACCUGUGUUAUCUUCCGCAGGUCUGACAGGACUACUGCACUUAACAGAAACCCAUUUUCAACAACUUAUACAAAAUGUAAAAUAUGAAAUGCAUGCAUUUCUGUGUUUGAGCAGGAAUUACGGACAUUUUAAAACUUUGUUGAUUCCCUGUAGAGGCAACAGACAUGGAUGUAUUACCAUUCUACAGACAUUCUACAGACAUUAAUAUAUAGUAUCCAGACUUAAGUCAGACUUAAAUGUAUACAAAAAUAUAAAAGUCUGAAAAAUAAUCAGACAUAAAUCUACUUUUCUACUACUAGUCCCAAAUCUGUCCAAGUACUUCUAUGAACAUCAGCAUCUGUCAAUCAGCGUCUGUCAGUCAGCAUCUAUCACCUUUGCUGUGACCAACAUUCCAUCCUUUUGUUUAAACAGCUCAAGUCAUUCAGCACAAAAUUCUGUUGCAUUUAUUGGGAAUACCAAAUAAUGACCUGUUUCUAAUGAGAGUUGUGUAAGUUGGCAUUUAAGCCACUCAAAUUGCUUCAUUUUGUCAUACGUGUCAUAUGUCAUGUUGGCUUCAUGUGUCAUAUGUCAUGUUGGCUUCAUGUGUCAUAUGUCAUGUUGGCUUACAAGUAACUCGGCUUUAUCCAGUGGUAGACACAAAUUAAAGAGGUAGUGGGGAUACUUGAAAAGUGGCCUUUUGAUUGUAAAAUAAUUUUUUGAUUUAAAUAAAUUAUUGUUUUUAUAAAUUCUGUUUAUUUCUGGAAUAUUAAAAUUAACAUACAAUUUUUGUAUUCCAGCUAGUUGUCUGCCUGUAGUAGUCUAGUCUGGCUGUGGUAGUCUAGUCUGGCUGUGGUUUUGUACUAGUAGAGAAAUGAUAAUGUUUGAAAGGAUGAUAUUAAGUGAAUGGGGACAUGAUAGAUAUGUAAUUUGAUGUUUACUUUGUAGAGAGGUGUUACAUUCUUCAAGUUUAUUUUUAAGACUUAAAAUUGGGAUGUGCAUCUGAGCAGCUAUUUUUUUAAAGCGGGUCUGUUUUGGGUUGUGAGCCAACAAUAGAAAUCCUUCUUUACAAAGUGGCAUCCAUUCAUUUUGAUCUUGACAGUGGUGAGCAGCUUUGGGGUCACAACCCUCUUUUGGGGUCAUAAGAGGUCAACUUCUUGCUUCAUUUACUUAUGGGGUCUUAGUCACAAUAUUGUUUCUGUGGAGUUGCACCCAUAAAAAGGUUGGGAAUCACGGGCUGUGGGGGGGAGGGGGGGAGGUGUUUAUUUGACCACCAACUUUUUUAGUCACUGAGUCAAGCUUUAUUUCCAUCACUGUAAAUUAGAACUUUAUCAUACUUUUAUAAAUAUACUAUACCGGUAUAUCAUUUAAAUUCUUUUUUAAAGGCAAUUUUUUUUGUAUGUGUUUUGUAUUGGUUUGUUUGUUACACAACAUUGACUAAUGAAAUAAAUGAAGUUCUCAGGCCAUCUGGGUAUGGCAUGUGAUGUACAAUGCAAUAAAAUUACCAUCAUUAAUAAAAGCCAAGAAUGUCAAGUUAAUUGUUACGUCCUUAAAUCUUUGAAUGGACAAAUACAUUUCAUUUUUUAGUUUGAGGAUAUUUUAAAUUUUCUGCUUUUUUGAGUGGUCAUUUGACACAUUAGAUUUUUCAUUCCUUGUACUUGAUGAGUUUUCAACUUCUUUAAUUCAAUGACUAACCGACUGAUUGUUUGUACUGGUAGUAAUUAACUUCAUAUGCUGUAGUGUUAUGCUUUAAGUUAUAUCGAAAGUCAUAAUGUGAUUUCAGUUUUGUUCUAUAUAUAUUGAUUUUAAUCUCUAUAACUUUAAUUAUUUUUAUGCAAUCUUGCUUUAUUUAAUUUUUUUUGUACUUUAAUUUCUUGUUAAAAGUUACUUUGAUGCAAGUUUUAAAAUUACCCGAGAGGUUUUGGGUUUAGACAGCGCCCCCUGUGUGCUUUAGUACUAAUUGAGAUGUUAGACUUUGGUACUAAAUGAGAUGUUAGAGUUUGGUACUAAAGGAGAUGUUAGACUUUGGUACUAAAUGAGAUGUUAGACUUUGGUACUAAAUGAGAUGUUAGACUUUGGUACUAAAUGAGAUGUUAGAGUUUGGUACUAAAGGAGAUGUUAGACUUUAGUACUAAAUGAGAUGUUAGACUUUGAUACUAAAUGAGAUGUUAGAGUUUGGUACUAAAGGAGAUGUUAGAGUUUGGUACUAAAGGAGAUGUUAGACUUUGGUAAUAACUAAGAUAUUAGUAUUAGAUUUUGUUACUAAAUGUGGUGUUAGAGUUAAGUAUUAAAUGAGCUAUUAGACUGUGGUACUACAUGAGAUAUUAUGGUUUGGUUCUGGUACUAUAUGACAUGUUAGGCUUUGGUACUGGAUGAAUUAUUUAGUUUGGUGUUGAACACGUUAAGUUUGUGGUGACAUUUGUUUUACCACUGUUCUUUGGGGGCUGUUCUUGUUAUGAACACUUCAUGUUCUAAUAAAAAAUCUGGGAAGACAGUAUUACUAACAAGCUUUUUCUCUUGAACAAAUGAAGAGUUGUCAGCUAUAACUAUAAUGUGUGAUGAUGAUUCAUAUGUUGAUUAUAAUGGAUGUUCUCAUUUGUUUAUGACCCAGUAAAUGACAUUAUUUUAUUCCUCCAUUCUUGUAAUUAUUCAAUUUGUUUCCCUAAUUCAUUCAAAGUAAACACCCACAUCUUCUUACCUCACACUAGCCACAAAACAAACACCCACAUCUUCUUACCUCACACUUACCACAAAACAAACACCCACAUCUUCUUACCCCACACUUACCACAAAACAAACACCCACAUCUUCUUACCUCACACUAGCCAUAAAACAAACACCCACAUCUUCUUACCUCACACUAGCCACAAAACAAACACCCAUAUCUUCUUACCUCACACUAGCCACAAAACAAACACCCACAUCUUCUUACCUCACACUAGCCA